UAGAGCAGCUGUUUAGAUAGACGACGUGUGAGAUUACUGACCGGUUGACAUGGCUGUAGAGUUAUUAGAUCUUCCUAACGAAAUAUUAGCAAAAAUACUUUAUUAUUUACCUCCAGCUGACCUGUUAGCUAUUUCUAAAUUAAAUAGACGACUAGAGACAUUGUCUUGUGCAAAAGAAGUAAUUUGGAAUGUUAACUUUAAAGAAUCUAGACUGAUGAGCAGAGAAGAACUGAAAGAAUUCUUUUUGAGUAAACGCUCAAAAAGUAUAGUGUUGCUUGACUUUGAGGACUGUUACACUUGUGUGACUGAUAAGUUUUGGGAGUCUUGUAUAAUAAAAUGCAAAUCUUUAAAGUGCCUUUCCUUCAGCUGUAGCAGAGUAAGCCUGGAGUCUCUGACUCGAAUCUUGUCUCGUCUGCCACAUCUCGAAGAACUCUCUUGGUCCCUCGUAGAUGUCUGCUUGAAUUUCAGGGAAAAUAGUGCCAUGCUGGUGAAGUAUGUGGAUGAAGGAAAAUUGGAUCUGUCAAAACUUCGCAGGUUGAGUGUGUAUUUUCACGAAUCAGAACUGUCGAAUUACUUACUGAGUUUAUUUUUAAAGUACACGGUCAAUUUAGAAUGUCUUCAUCUUCAUCCGUUUGCGACUACGAAUGAAUUUUAUUUUUUGAUACAUCCUGUGCCCAGACCUUUGUACCAAAAAUUGACAAAACUACAUAGCUUUUCGGUGCAAGAAGAAUAUAUGUGCAAAGACAUUCGUGCAUCUCUCAGCAAUAAUACAUUGACAUUUUUGUCAGGUUUCAUGUUGGAACAUUCAAACGUUAACUGGAAGAAACUUUAUCUGACACCAGAUAUAGUUGAUAAUUUGGUUGUUUCAUCCGAGCAGAUUCAAGAUGUAUUAAGUAAUUUAGCCAAAAGUAAUGUUUACUUGCCUUAUAAAAGUGAAUUCAAUAACUUCCAUAUGAAAUCAAAGGAGCAACUUAGUUUUCUUUCAAUAUGUAAUGCAACUAUGUCACUUUCUGAUUUAGAAAAUAUAUUUCCUGAAAAUAAAACAAAUAUUCGACAUUUGACCAUGAAAAAUCUUUGUUUUCAUAUAUUACCCGAAAUGCAUCAACGAUUUAAAAAUUUAUUUCUUCCUUCUCGAAAUAUUGUAAAGUUAGACUUUCUUCAUACUCAUUUUAAUGUUAACGAAAGAGCUUUAGAAUGUUUCAGUUGUUUAAAAGCACUGAAAUCACUCGCCAUGCAGUCUUGUGCUAUUUUAUCACAACGUGCAGUUCCUAAUGAAAAUGUUGAAAAUGAUGAUGAUACUUUAUUUACAAAGAAACGCAGGGUAGUCAGUAUAGAUAGUCAGUCAUUGCUUCUACCUUUAGUACAGAAUUGUGUGGAUAUUUGUGAUUUAGAAAUAAAUGGUUGUAUAGAUAAUAGGUUUUCCAAGAAAUGCUGCAAUAUGAAUGGUUUGCAUAUCACUGAUACAGACUUGGCUGUUAUACCUCAUUUAAUGGCAUUACAGAAAUUAGUGUUAAGAAAUCUUCCUUUUAUUAGACACGGAUAUUUCUUACAAGAAGUUUCAAAGAACUGUAAAAAUAUAAAAAGGUUAAUCUUAGUUGAAUUAGGGUCUCGAGGAACUUGCAAUUACAUAUCAUCUCUGUGCCAUUUUUUGAAAAAUACAGUUUCAUUAGUUGAUCUUGUAAUUUAUCAUGGACAUUUUGAUCUAAAUUCUGAAACAUUUUGGAGCUCUUUGUCUGAAGCUACAAAGAUUGAAAGAGUUUGCUUAAGAACAGACUUCAAACAAACAUUAGUUGCUGGAAAGAUAUAUGCAUCUGUAGUCAAGCUUUCCAAUUUAUCAUCAUUUCAUAUUCAUGCUUCAAUAUUCAAUCACAAUCAGCUGCAAAGUGUUUUCAAUAAGAUUUCAAGGAACAAAAAUGUACACCAAAUUUCAUUCCAACUGCUUUUUACUGAAAGUAAUAACUUUUUAAAACGAGUUUUGAUGCAUGGAGGAAAUAUUAGACUGUUACAGGAACUCUGUUAUGAGACAACUGUGAAUUAACAUUGUUACUUAGUGAUGUAAAUGAACUGUAAAAAGUAAAUUGUUAAAAUGUAUAUUUAUACAUAAUUUUAAUAAAUU